ACACAGGCACAUCUCCAGCGACGACCUUCCAGAAUGAUCCUCCAGGUAACACUUGCCCUUGCUGCUUUAUCAGUGGCUGCCAGUAACCCCGUCUGUUGUCCACCCUCGCGAUUCUCUGCCUUCCAACAUCUCACCGUCUCCAACUCCACGACCACUACGCAAGGCUUGCAUUACUUCGUCUGGGACGGCCCCAACCAAAGAUACUUCUUUGGCGAAAACCGUGUCGCCAGCAAUUACUACGGGACCAAGAAAACAAUCUACGACUACAAGAAGGGCACUGCAUACAGGAUAGAUUCCGUGGCCCGUACUUGCACAACAUUCCCCACUCAGGGAAAGUUCCUGGAUCAGGAGAAUGUCUGUGUUCCUGGUGGCGCUGUCAACCAGGGCCCUCUCUUUUUUGGGUACGAUCAAGACACCCUACAUGGGACAGCGUACUCCAGCAACAGCACCACUCCCGACGGCAGGCAGCAGAACGUCAUUGCUGUCGUCUCAAAAGAUUGUAUACCGAUAAUCAGCAACACGAUCAUAACUGGCAACGGCGAAGGGGGAAAGGUUCUUUACGUUAAGGCGUACGUUUACAUCUUCCCCGGUGUCAAGGACGUCUCUCUCUUCAACAUUCCGUCAUACUGCUAUGCAUAAUUCCGACAUUGCUGAUGAGAAAAGGAUGUGCCUUGUCACCAAGUCAUUGCGAAAAUGUUUAUCUUGCAAGAUAUUCAUGACGUGAUGAAUAAAACUUGAAUGUCUGAA